UUUUCUCGAUUUUGUUCAGUCAUGUCCUUGAUCGAGUUGGACUAGGGUUUUGGGUGGUCGGAGAUAUCCUCUUGUCUGAAGGGGAAAGGGGGAAGUUAAAAAUCGAUUCUCCCUCUAUUUCCCUUCAGUAUUAUUCAGUUUCAUCUCUGCUGCUACUUCGAUAGAUUAGUGCCCCGGUUGUGUUUGCUGAGAAUUCGCGGAAUUAGUGAUUAUGAAUCAGAAUUGAUCGUGAGGUGAACUUCUGUCACAGUUACUGAUUUAAUGGGAACAUCUUCUGGUGCCAACUUUCAGCACCAGACUCCUUCAAAAAUGCUACCUCCACGUCAGCAACCACGGUCUGGAGGGUUGCAGACAUCCCUAUCUCUAGUGUCGUCGGACGCAUGUGGGUCACCUGAUCUUCAAGAACCUGGAUCAAAUUCAGAGCAGGUCCGGGAGUCCCCCUCAGAGAGUGCCAGUUCACGUGAAACCUGGCCUGCCUGUGAUAAUGUUAUGGGGAAAAAGCUUCAGAAGGAGAAAGAAGGAGAGAACGAUUGCCCUGAGCAGUCAGUCAUUCGACGAGUCUCUAGUUCAGACAAGAUGUCUCUCCGUGAUAUAGCUAGAGAAAGAGUUGAGGUUAUCUCUGAUCGAAUGCUUCUGUUGCCUGAUGAGCUUCUAGAAGAGCUUAAGACCGAGCUUCGCGUAAUUCUUGAAGGCACCGGUGGUUCUCAGCAUAGGGAGGGGUUUUUGUCUCUGCAAAAGCUUGUUCAGGGUAGGACUGAUUUGACGGCUAAGACCCUCAUCAGAGCACAUCGAGUACAGCUAGAAAUUCUUGUUGCAAUAAACACAGGAAUUCAGGCAUUUCUGCAUCCAAAUAUCAGUCUGUCACAGACUUCUCUCAUUGAGGUUUUUGUGUACAAGAGGUGCAGAAACAUUGCAUGUCAAAGUCAGCUUCCUGCAGAGGAUUGUACCUGUGAAAUAUGCAGCAAUAGAAAUGGUUUCUGCAAUCUUUGCAUGUGUGCUAUUUGCAACAAAUUUGAUUUUGAGGUGAACACAUGUCGUUGGAUUGGUUGCGAUUUGUGUUCUCAUUGGACUCAUACAGAUUGUGCAAUUCGUGAUGGACAAAUUGGUAUGGGCCCAUGUGUUAAGAAUGGUACCGGGCCCACUGAGAUGCUUUUCAAGUGCCGAGCUUGCAACAAGACAUCUGAGUUGUUGGGAUGGGUCAAAGAUGUGUUCCAACAUUGUGCACCGGGCUGGGAUCGUGAAUGUUUGAUGAGGGAACUGGAUUAUGUUAGUAGGAUUUUCCGUGGAAGUGAAGAUCCCAAAGGGAGGAAGCUUUUCUGGAAGUGUGAGGAGCUCAUGGAGAAAAUGAGAAAUGGAGUUCCGGAGUCAACAGCCUGCAAAGUAAUGUUGCUUUUUUUCCAAGAGAUUGAGGUGGACCCAACAAAGAAUCUUGAAUCUGAGGAAGGAGGGGGACGUCUGAUAGCCCCACAAGAGGCAUGCAACCGAAUUGCGGAAGUGGUUCAGGAAGCCAUAAGAAAGAUGGAAAUGGUAGCUGAGGAGAAGCUACGGAUGUUCAAAAAGGCCCGUCUGGCUCUUGAGGCUUGUGACCGGGAACUCGAGGAUAAGGCCAGGGAAGUGGCGGAGCUAAAGAUGGAGAGGCAGCGUAAGAAGCAGCAGAUUGAUGAGCUGGAGAGUAUAGUGAGGCUGAAGCAGGCUGAGGCUGACAUGUUUCAGCUUAAGGCCAGUGAAGCAAGGCGAGAGGCUGAGAGGCUUCAAAGGAUUGCCCUUGCAAAGUCUGAGAAGGCAGAGGAGGAGUAUGCUAGCAGGUAUCUGAAACAACGUUUGAAUGAGGCGGAGGCUGAAAAGCAGUAUCUGUUUGAGAAGAUAAAGCUUCAGGAGAGUUCUCGGGCAUCACAGAAUAAUGGUGGAAGUAGUGACCCUUCACAGAUGCUGAUGCUUUGUAAGAUCCAGCACAUGCUUAAGAAUGUGUACAAUGUGUCACCAAAGGCAGAUGGACAACCAAGCGACCACUCUCUUGGUGAGCAAGGCUAGUACGUUGUGUUAUUGUUUAACUUUGUCUUAUUAAUGUUACAGUCCGUUGUGGAACAUUGUGUAAUGAAAUACUGCUGUUAUUUAUGUCCAUUGAACCCAUUUCACUGAUUUCUGUUCCAAAA